AUGAAAUCAUCUUUUUCAAUCCUUUUCACAAUUCUCCUCCUCGUAGUCGUACUCCCGCCGUGGUGUCCUACAUCCGCCAGUGGUGGUGGCCAGUGGCAGCUCCUCCAGAAAAACAUCGGCAUUGUCGCCAUGCACAUGCAGCUCCUCCACACUGACACUGUCGUUAUCUACGAUCGUACCGACUUCGGCCUCUCCAACCUCUCCCUCCCCGGCGGUCGCUGCCGCAAUGACCCCAACGAAAAAGUCGUGAAAAUUGACUGCACAGCCCAUUCCAUCGAAUACGACGUCCCCUCUAACACCUUUCGCGCCCUAUUCGUCCAAACUGACGUCUGGUGCUCCUCCGCCUCCGUUGCCCCUGAUGGCACGCUGGUCCAAACCGGUGGUUUCAACGACGGCGAAAGAGUUGUCAGGACAUUCUCUCCAUGCUCUACCUGCGAUUGGAAAGAAAUCUCAAACAGCCUCGUGGUGCGCCGCUGGUAUUCCACCAAUCAUAAACUCCCCGAUGGCCGGCAAAUUAUAGUCGGCGGCAGAAGUGCAAUGAACUACGAGUUUUAUCCUAAAACCGACGCCAAUGCCAAAAAUGCCUACUCCUUACCCUUCCUCGUUCAAACCAGAGACCCGAAGGAAGAAAACAACCUCUACCCUUUCGUUUUCCUCAACGUGGAUGGCACCCUCUUCAUCUUCGCCAACAACAGAGCCAUUCUCUUAGACUACACCAAAAACGUCAUCGUUAAAACGUUUCCCAACAUUCCCGGUAACGAUCCCAGGACUUACCCCAGCACAGGUUCCGCUGUUCUCUUACCCUUACGUAAGAAAAACCGACACUCUCUUCUUUCCGAAGCUGAGGUUUUAAUUUGUGGGGGAACCCCAAGAGGGGCUUAUACUCAAGCCCAAAAGGGUAAAUUUCUCGCAUCAUUGAAUACUUGCGCUCGGAUUAAAAUAACCGACCCGAACCCAUCCUGGGUCAUGGAGAAAAUGCCCGGAGGUAAAGGCAGACUCAUGAAUGACAUGAUUCUUCUUCCAAACGGUAACGUUUUGAUUAUUAACGGUGCGAGUUCUGGGAGCGCCGGCUGGGAAUUUGGGCGCGACCCGAUUUUGGCUCCGUAUGUUUAUAACCCAGAUAAGGAACCCGGGUCGAGAUUUGACAUUCUUAAAGCAACGAAUACUCCGCGAAUGUAUCACUCAACUGCGAUUUUGCUUCGUGAUGGGAGGGUUCUCGUUGCAGGGAGUAACCCUCACGAGAAGUACAAUUUCUCGAAUGUAUUAUUCCCCACCGAGCUUAGCAUGGAAGCGUUUUCCCCUCCGUAUUUGGAAACGGUGUUUGAUAACGUGCGUCCGACAAUCCUUGGUCCAAAGUCGGGGAAGAGCAUUUCGUACGGGCAGAAAGUGAAGGUUUUGGUCGACGUGGCGGGUGGGGAGUUGAAUCGGAGUUUGCUGCGGGUGACGGUGCUGGCGCCACCUUUAAGCACGCAUUCUUUUUCCAUGAAUCAGAGGAUGCUGGUGCUUGAACCUAGCAACGUGACAAACGUGAAUGGACGACCAACAACGUUUGAGAUUGAGAUUACCACACCGGGUUCGCCCGUUCUUGCACCACCCGGUUUUUAUCUACUGUUUGUGGUCCACCAUAACGUUCCAAGCGAGGGAAUUUGGAUCCAAAUUCUUUAA